AUGGAUUUAUCCUUUAAAAAAAUAACCAUUGGAUUUAGCAACAUUAGAAUCAUCGAUUACCUUGACCAAAUAAUUUUUGGUGAAUCUUGUGACGUGCCAGUAUUUGAGAAUGCCAGAAUCAAAAGCCAUGGCACAUGGUUUAAACUCAAUGACAAGUUGGACUAUGAAUGCCAUGACGGAUUUGAAAGCAGAGAUGGGCGCACAGGUUCCAUAGUGUGUGAUAACGAUGGUUGGUCUCCUAAACCAAUAUGUUAUGAAAUAGAAUGCCAGGUUCCCCAAAUAGAAAAAUACUUAGUUCCUGAGCCCAGAAAAGACAAAUAUAGAGUUGGAGACCUGUUGAAAUUCUCCUGCAGACAAAGACUUAAAAGAGUUGGACCAGAUUCAGUUCAGUGUUACCAUUUUGGAUGGUCCCCUAGUCUUCCAACAUGUAAAGAGCAAACAAAACGGUGUACUCCACCUCCUCAACUCCUCAAUGGGGAAGUUAAAGAAACAGACAAAGAAAUCUACGAACACAAUGAUUUGGCAGAAUAUGUUUGCAAUACUAGAUUUCUGAUGAAGGGUUUUAAUAAAAUUCAAUGUGUUGAUGGACAAUGGACAGACUUGCCUAUGUGUAUUGAGGUGGAGAGUACGUGUGGAGAUAUACCUGAACUUCAUUAUGGCUCUGUUGCUGAGUCUUCUGCCCCUCCCUAUCGCCAUGGAGAUUCAGUAGAGUUCAAUUGCAAAGAAGAAUUUACAAUGAUUGGACACAAGUCAAUUACAUGUAUUAGUGGAAAGUGGACCCCACUUCCUCAGUGCAUCGCAACUGAUGAACUUAAGAAGUGUAAAUACAGCUUGACUAGAAAAGAAGCAAAUCCAUUACGUAAGAUUAUAUUUGAUCAUAAUGAGAAAAUAAGUUAUAAAUGCAGAGAAACAAUAAAGCAGAAACAUUCAACAUGCAUAAAUGGACGAUGGGAUCCCGAACUAAACUGCACAGGUAAGCUCUUAACACAGUCAUGCCCCCCUCCACCUCAGAUUCCCAAUGCUCAAAAUAUGGCAACGACGGUGAAUUAUCAGGAUGGAGAAAAAGUAUCUGUUGUCUGUCAAGACAAUUAUAUACUUCAGGAUGCAGAAGAAAUUGUGUGCAAAGAUGGAAGAUGGCAGUCAAUACCACGCUGUGUUGAAAAACUUGCGUGUCCUCAACCACCUCGUAUAGAACAUGGAACCAUUAAAUCAUCUGAAUUUUCAGAAGAAAUAGAAGAAACAUUGAAACCUAAGCUUUACUCACAUGGCAGCAAAUUAAGUUGCACUUGUGAGGAUGGUUUCAGAAUAUCUGGAAAAGAUGAGAUAACAUGCCAGAUGGGAAAAUGGAGUUCUCUACCCCGGUGUGUAGGGCUUCCUUGUGCACCACCAGAAUAUGUGGUUCUACAUAGUAUUCCACCUCGCAAAUCAGACACUUACCAGUAUGGAGAAGAAAUAGUGUAUGAAUGUGUCGAAGGUUUUGGGAUUAAUGGAUCUGCAUCUAUAAAAUGUUUAGGAGGAAAAUGGUCCCAUCCACCAAAAUGCAUAAAAACAGACUGUUUUGGCUUACCCGAUUUUGGUGAUGCCAUACCCAUAGGCCCAAUGAAGGAAUCAUAUAAGUCAGAAGAAAAAGUGACUUAUAAAUGUCCAAAAUAUUAUGAAAUCGAUGGACCCAAUUUUGUACAGUGUAUUAAGAGCCAAUGGAUAGGAAAGCCAACAUGCAAAGAUAUUUCCUGUGAGAAUCCACCCAAAGUGAAAAAUGCUAUUAUACUAAGUGAGAAGCCUACUUAUCUACCUGGUCAGAGCGCCCGUUAUGAAUGCAUCAAACCUUUUGAACUGUUUGGGGAAGUAGAAGUGAUAUGUUUAAAUGGGAUCUGGACACAACCCCCUCAGUGUGCAGUCUUCUUCAGUGCCCAGUCAAGGAUCCAUAGGAGGCAACAUGAAAACUCAAACAACUCACUGCAGUAUAAUUCCUUGAAUACCAAGGCCUCUGAUCAGAUCGACGUCUUCUCUACAUCCUUCACCAUCUCUUUUGUUGGUUUUUAUAAUAUGUUCAGGAUUUUUAGUGAUACUGAGCAGAAGGAAUAA